GCCGUCAAUAGUCGUUGCCCAAACGGUGAAAUCCCUCGUCGUUUUAUCCCUUUACUUCGUCCAUUGCCCGCCCAAGACUCGUUCCUAAACCCGCUGAAAAACCCUAACGAAAUCAACUAUCUCCGUGAAUCAUACCAUUCCACAGAAGAUGAAAUUCCGCUUCUCCUAUAAAGUCCCAAUCUUCCCUCCUAAUUUACGACUCAACCAGCACCAUCACCAGCGCCAAUUCUUUACUUCGUUUCUUAAAAAGGUCCAAACAGCGUCUCAAGCACGUGCUUCCUUCAAUGGCAACGGUAGUAGCAACUCCCAAGGCAGUGCUUUUCUGUUGCCUGGUGCAACUGUGGCUACUCUACUUAUGCUUGGUGCACUUCAUGCACGGCGUCUCUAUGAUGACAAAAAGACUGAAGAGGCACGGGAAAAAGGAAUUGAGUUAGAGUUUCAACCGGAUGUAAAAGCUACAUUUCUUAGGAUGCUUCCUUUACGCUCCUUUUCGAGGUUUUGGGGUUCCUUGACAGGCAUAGAACUUCCUCUUUGGGUUCGUCCAUAUGUUUACAGAGCAUGGGCUCGGGCAUUCCAUUCAAACUUAGAAGAAGCAGCUCUGCCUCUUGACCAAUAUGCUUCUUUGAAGGAAUUUUUUGUCCGUGCCUUGAAAGAAGGCUCAAGGCCAAUAGACCCUGAUUCAUGUUGUCUGGUUAGUCCAGUGGAUGGCACUAUAUUAAGAUUUGGAGAGUUAAAAGGAUCAGGAGCUAUGAUCGAACAGGUCAAAGGUUUUUCCUACUCUGUUUAUUCUCUUCUUGGUGCUAGUUCUUUCCUUCCUAUGAUAGAUGAUGGGCAUGUCCAAGAAAACAGUAGUGAACAGCAAAGCAAUCUUCAUGAAAACAGUAAGAAGUCAUGGUGGAGAUUUUCUUUGGCUUCUCCAAAAGUCAGGGACACUGUGUCAGCAUGUCCAACUAAGGGCCUUUACUAUUGUGUCAUAUACUUGAGGCCUGGAGACUAUCAUCGCAUACACUCACCUGCAGAAUGGAAUGUCCUUGUCCGCCGCCAUUUUGCAGGGCACCUUUUUCCAUUGAAUGAACGUGCCACAAGAACAAUCAGGAAUCUUUAUGUUGAAAAUGAAAGGGUUGUGCUUGAAGGAUUGUGGGAAGAAGGAUUCAUGGCUAUUGCUGCAAUUGGUGCUACAAAUAUUGGGUCAAUUGAGCUUUUCAUUGAACCAGAAUUUCGGACAAACCUGCCAAGAAAAAAGCUGGUGAAUUCUGAGCCUCCAGAAGAACGGGUAUAUGAACCUGAGGGCAUUGGGAAAGUGCUGAAGAAAGGGGAUGAGGUGGCUGCUUUCAAUAUGGGAUCAACAGUAGUUCUCGUCUUUCAGGCUCCCACAUUAAAGCCACUCGAUAACAGGGACGUCCCAUCGUCAGAGUUCAGGUUCAAUAUCAAGCGUGGGGAUAGAAUCCGUGUCGGGGAAGCACUGGGGAGGUGGCACAAUUUGUAGAAACAAUGAUGUCCUGAUAUUCAUUUACUGUGAGCGGAUGUAGCGUGCAAAAUUUAUCGCUACAGUGAAAGAUGUCGACUAUCAAAAGAUUAGAUAUCGAUUUUUGAUUCUUGAUUACAUAUUUUUUUUUUUUUCCUAAUAUACCAUAGGUUAAGAUGCAGCGGAACCUCUUUUAUUGGGUUUAUUUAGAUUUUAUUAGAAAUUCAUAGUUAUUCUUUUUCCCUCAUUAGCUAUGGCAAGCUAUGUUGUCAGUCUAAUGAUUAUUAGUGUAUUGUGAGCAAUUCGAUGCUUGAUUUACUAAAUGCUUGGCAUAAUUUAGUUAGUUAUUUAAUAA